AAAUUCAUUCUUGGACCACAAUGCCUCGGUUGCUUGCAAGACGCCGAAGCAGGAAAAGCAACAAUGAUCACGUGACUCCUUAUCCCAACAUGGCGGCGAAAGAGCGUAGAGAUCAAACCUUGAUCUCGAAACUGUGUAUCGGGAACUAUGUGCUUGGAACUACUUUGGGUGUUGGAACAUUUGGGAAAGUCAAACUGGCAGUUCAUCAGCUGACAGGCCAUAAGGUGGCUGUAAAAAUCCUCAACAGACAGAAGAUCAAGAACCUUGAUGUGGUUGGCAAAAUAAGAAGAGAGAUCCAAAACUUGAAACUCUUCAGGCAUCCCCAUAUUAUUAAGCUAUACCAAGUGAUCAGUACUCCUUCAGAUAUAUUUAUGGUUAUGGAAUAUGUGUCUGGCGGAGAAUUAUUUGACUAUAUUCUCAAACAUGGAAAGCUACAAGAAAAAGAAGCUCGGAGGUUUUUUCAGCAAAUUAUCUCUGGCGUGGAUUACUGUCAUAGACACAUGGUCGUACACAGGGACCUUAAACCUGAAAAUCUGUUGCUGGAUUCUCAAGCAAAUGUAAAAAUAGCAGACUUUGGGCUGUCCAAUAUGAUGACAGAUGGAGAGUUCCUCCGAACAAGUUGUGGAUCACCAAAUUAUGCAGCCCCUGAGGUCAUCUCUGGAAAACUUUAUGCAGGUCCAGAAGUCGACAUCUGGAGUUGUGGUGUGAUUCUUUAUGCCCUUUUGUGUGGAAGUCUUCCCUUUGAUGACGAGCACAUACCAACUCUAUUUAAGAAAAUAAAAGGUGGUGUAUUCUUUAUACCAUCACAUCUCUCUUCUGAGACAAGUGGUCUGUUAUCCUCUAUGCUUCAUGUUGACCCAAUGAAGAGAGCAACUAUGCAACAAAUAAAAAAUCAUGAGUGGUUCAGAAAGGACCUUCCUGUUUAUCUGUUCCCAUCGUCAACCUUAGAAAGUGACAUUGUAGACCAAGAGUGCUUGACACUUGUCUGUGAGAAACUUAACUGUGGAGAAAGUGACGUGCGCUGGGCAAUAAAGAAUGGAGAUCCUCAUGACCAGCUGAAGAUUGCUUAUCAUCUUAUACUGGAUAACAAGAGAAUGAAAAUGUUGGCCACUCAGGGUGGUGGUAACAUUGUGGGCAAUUUCUACUCCUCUGUGUCUCCUCCCACCUCUUCCUUCCUUGUGAAAGACGAAGCACUGUUUACUACUACUGUUGCAAAUGAGGGAACUUCAAACACAUCAGUUGAGAGAAUAAGAACUGGUUCCAAUCAUACAACACCAUCAAAGAAAGUCCCGUAUGUCAGAUUAGCGCUGGGAAAGAGACCCAAAUGGCAUUUAGGUAUCCGAUCACAGAGCAAGCCAAAUGAUAUCAUGGGAGAGGUUUAUCGUGCAAUGAUGUCGUUAGGUUAUGAGUGGAAAAUAAUCAAUCCUUUUAGUCUAAGAGUGCUUCAUCGAAACAGGAUCACUGGAAAAUUUACCAAAAUCGCUCUUCAGCUCUACCAGGUCGAUCACAAGAGCUAUCUGCUGGACUUCAAAAGCCUCCCCACCCCAGAGAACAAUUCAGAACACACUGAGGGAAUCACAUCAGGCAAAUCGUCCCGAAAAUCUUCUGCUAAUUCGUCAUUUAGCAGCCUUAAAGACUCUGAUAGCUUCACAAGUCACGUGGGAUCCCACCACACUAUGGAAUUCAUGGAAAUGUGCGCAAGUCUCAUCGUUGCCCUUGCUUGCUAAGGAAGCGACCUUGUGUUAAGAGACGCAUAAACAGCGAUGAAACUAUCGCACGGGUUGCAGUCGGCGUCUUUCACAGUUAAGCUUGAGUAGACAAGGGUCUUUCGCGCGUUUAAUUCAUCCCUUGCUCGAGAAACGUCUGAGACUGGACCCGAAAAAUUCCAUACUGAUGACGUACUUCUACAGAGAUCCGUGUACUGUCUCUGAUUGGUGGAUUUUUACGCGCGAAUAUUCAAACCUAAGAAACAACCAAUCAGAGACGCUACACGGAUCUUUGUAGAGCAUGUCAUCAGUUUGGAAUUUUUCGGGCCCAGUCUCAAAACGUUUCUCGAGGGAAGGAGAGUUGAGCGCAGAAAGAGGAAAGUCUGUCUGCCUUAAGCUGAGGCUUCCUAGCGGAAACGUCAGAGAUGAAGUCUACUUGAAAGCUAAUUUAGAGCAAGUAAAUGUGGAAGGCGCAAAUGUACUUGGAAGAAAUUUCAGACAAACAGAAGACAUUGAAGCAAUCUGUUGUUUUUGAGGGUUUGACCCCAACCUUCAAUUCUUAGAUGGGACAAGUUGGUGCGGAAAAUCUUAAAUUUGGUUACGUUUCUUUUCUUGCCGGCCAGAAGAUAACUUGCCCAGUUAAAGAAGUUCUUGUACAUAGAAAAUUCAAUCCAGCUGCCACGGUCUUGUUUCAGAAUUUUACGCCACAGUACCACGCAUGUUGGGUUUUUCAUCGUUGUGGGAGCCUUUAUUUCCGUGCAGCUUUGGAUUCAAGCAUUUUCUUUCUCUACACAGACCCGAGUGCUGGGAAUGCAGAAAGGAUUAUCGGCCAUUAAUACCCUUAAAAUGCGAAAUUAAGAGAUGACUUUGUAAUCUGUUUGGUACAAAAUUGGAAGUGGAGCGGUGCGG